AAGGGAAGCGGUAUAGUGGCCCAGGUUAUGGGGUGUGUAGGGUUUGUUGAGUGAAGGGGUGUGGCCAAGUACCCGGAUUGGAAGGUUUAAGAGGUUGGGUUGGUUGAAGGGGGGUGGUCAAGUGCUGUGUCUCUGACAGAUGAAGUUCAGCUUACUGGAGCAGUGUAGGUCGUUGAGGCGGCCAUCGGUAUGUAUAUGAGCGCAGUCCUCGUCUCCGGGCCCAAGGCCAUGAUGGAUCCAGCUGUCAGGCUGACCAGGUCGCCAGUGCCUGCGGUUCAUGACGUAAGGUGUAUGAUUGACCCACUCCCACUUCCCCGUCUCAUCGCUCAGUCCAAUCCAGUGGAAGAGGCCCAACAUGUGUUGGUGGACAAAUUCCUGAGCAGAGGAACGUGAGCUUGUGAGUUCCGCCGCUUAGUGUUUUGUCUCGGGACCGAGUGACCCACUUACCCACACGGCGUCAGACUGCAAGAUGGCCAAGUGCGACUCAUGCCCGUUGCACCAGUCUCUUGCGUCGUGCCACGAAAGCGGGACGCGGCUGAAGAAGUAACAGCUGGACUCGGAGCGCUGCCAGCCAACAGGACAGCAGCCAUCCUUCGUGGAACCUGACGACGAGACUCACACAGAACCCAUCAAGAAAGCCACGACGCUAUGUGUGUGUGUGGGUGUGUAUAUACCAUUGUUGAUGAUGUGUUCAAUGGAGCAUUUGAGUGACGCUACCGCCCUGCUGAUGGUGUCCAGAGUGGCAAGCUGCUUCAGAGCCUCCGAGGCUGAAACCACGCGCUCGUUACUUCACUGACAUCAUGUGACUUGGCUCACGGUCUUAUGACCGGUCUCACCUGAGGUGAUUUCUUGUUUGUUGCUCUCCACGGCAAACUUCAGUCGCUCUACGUCUUUGGCACUAUCUGAUACGACGACAAGGCCACACGCCGUCGAACAACACGACAACAAGGCAACAGUACAGGUGUGUUACCUUUGGCGAGCUGCUGGAUGGUCUGCAGUGAUUGGCUGACGUUGGAAACAUUUUUCUCUACUGACCAUAUAAGACUUGACAACCUGGAGUCUGUGUGGAAACGCACACACAUACACACACUUGCAUGAAAACACCACCUCCUGGUUUUUCCACAUAUGGCUUACUACAUCAGUGUGCUUGCGUGCGUGUGUGUGUGCAUGCUCACAGCUGGCUCCCAGUACAAUAGUCAGAACCAAGAUGGCUACUGCGGUCAGAACAGGAAACAAGCAUCGUCUGAGCGUGGACAGACGUGGGCGAGGGACGUGGGGGGGGUCUGACAGACAACGUGUGAGUUUUCAUCUUCUCACAAACACACACACACACAAGUACCUUUGGUCCAGAAGGAGCUGCUGUCUUCUUCUACAUCAUCGUGGUAUUCAGUCGUCAUGGUGAUUGCCUUCUUUUCUUCGUUGUGCUCGUCUUGGUCGUGAAGAAGAGGAGCACUGACAGCAAAUGUUAACGCAAGCUGAAGGUUGAGUCUCAUGUGAGAGGUCACCCCUCAGUGAGGUCAUCAUUAAAGUGCAGGAGGAUGGCGGGGGUGAAGAGGUCACAGUCGAGGCGCAGCAGCUGGAGCUUGACAUCGUCGUCCGGGACAUUAUUUUCGCUCAGUGUCUUGUUCAUGUCCAGACUCAGUCCGUUGUGUUUCCAUGUGUAGCUGCAUGCAUGUGAGUUGUAGGGUAGGUAUCGCUCCCGGAUUUCAGCCAGCGUCUCCUCGGAACACACCUGAGCCAGGGAGCCAGCUUAGCAUUAUGACUCAAAAGUCAAAUGGGACUUUAGCCUAGCUUAGCAUUAUGACUCCAAGGUUAGAUGAGGCUGUUAGGGUAUCUUAGUAUUAUGACUCAAAUGUUAGAUGGGUGUUCGGCUAGCUUAGCAUUAUGACUCAAAAGUCACAAAGCAGGAUAGGUGACAGAGAAAAUGGAUGGAUGGAAGUCACAGGGGUAUGUUAGCCUUGCUUAGCAUAAAUCCAGAGAACAUGGGACAGAUGCUAUGCUUGGUAUUGAAUUCACCUCCAGUCGCUGCUCCUGUGACGUCAGCGUGUUGAUGACUCUUAUCCACCUGGUUUUAGAGGACAACCGGCCCACCUCAUAGCGUUGGUCCUUCCACCAGGAUGGGUCAAUGUCGCUGGCCCAGUCAGAGCGAGGCACAGCGGGGGGAAUGUGCACAAAUCGUCCUCUCGGCGUGUAGUAGCUCACACAGUUGGUCAGUGGAUGGAUGAAGGUCAACACCUGCACAGAAAUGGUCAGGUGAGCUGACAGGCGUUUUCUGAUUGGUUGCAGUGGACACGGAUACUCACAUCUUUGGUCUCGGGGUCAAACCAGCUGCUUAUGUCCUUUCCUGCAAACUCCAAGAUGGGAAGUAGCAGAACAUCACCUGUGAAUGGUCAUUAUUCAUAUGAGGAUCAAAGUGUUUGUCUAAAGAAGGACAAGUGUUUCUCUCACCCUCGUACUGCUUCAUCAGGGGAGUCAGGUCACACACUUUGCCCAGGAAGGAGACCCACAGGUCUGCUGAUGUGUUGUGAGCCGCUACCUGAGCAGGGGUGAAAAAGCGUGGCCUGACUGACGUCAUCAGUUCGGAUUGUCGAAAAAAAUAACUUGCACUUAGAUUUUGUAGUGGUCUUGUUGCUAUGUUACCUUGACAACAAUGGGCGGAGCUCGAUGCCCUUUCCCCUUUGGUGCACAAGGGUCAUAUGGCGUAUUCGAUGACGGCACGUCAUCAGACGUUGUCUGUUUCUUGUCAACAUGGCAAGGGUCUAUCUUUACGCAAUUCUAAGUAUUCCAAGGACGUCCUUCCGUAUUAAAAUAGGUUAUUAUGGAAAGAAAAAACAUGACAGUAAAUGAAAAUGAUUCAAAGUGUAUGCGUGUGACGUGGCAAUCGUGAUAUCCACUUUCACGAACUUUCUGCAGAACACCAAAUUUUUGAGGGAAAAAAAAUCUCAUUUGUCCACUUGUGAUUGGUUUGUUAAUCGUCACGAUUGAUUGGCAAAAAAGCCCGUCAAUCAACCGGAUCAAGACUCUCGUUGGCUGUGGUCUUAACGUGAACAGCUGAAGACUUCCUGUUGACGUUUGUGUGCCACUAUCCUCGCGAGAUUUGCAAGGCGGCGGCAGUCAGGGCAGCAUAGGAAAGGAUUACACUUUUAAACCACACGUUUACAUUGGCUAUUGUCUGCCGCCAUGUAUUGUCCUUCUUUUUGUAGGGUCCUGUACUUUGUAACUCUCGGGUUUGUGUGCCGUACUACCUGGGCUAAGCAGCGGAGCCUCUCAGCAGAGAAUCUGCUGGUCAUCACUGCAGCAACAGAGGAGACGGACGGCUUUGUACGCUUUAUGAGGACGGCCAAAGAGUUCAACUACACGGUGAAGGUGCUGGGUCUGGGGGAAGAGUGGCGCGGGGGCGACGUGGCUCGCACGGUUGGCGGCGGCCAGAAGGUGCGAUGGCUGAAGAAGGAACUGCUGAAACACACUCACCAGGAAGAGCUGGUCAUCAUGUUUGUGGACAGCUAUGAUGUGCUCUUUGCUUCGGGUCCGGAGGAAAUUCUGCGCAAGUUUUCCCGCCUUGGUCACCGAGUGGUUUUCUCGGCGGAGGGCUUCUGCUGGCCAGACCAGAGGCUGGCUCCCAAGUACCCCGCCGUACAUUCUGGGAAACGCUACCUCAACUCAGGAGGGUUUUUGGGCUUCGCUCAGGACCUCAAUGCCAUGGUCCAGCAGUGGAAGUUAAAAGAUGACGAUGACGACCAGCUUUUCUACACCAAAAUCUACUUGGACCGUACGCAGCGGACCAAAUUCAACAUGACUCUGGAUCACCGCUCAAGGAUCUUCCAGAACCUCAAUGGAGCCGUUGAUGAAGUUGUCUUAAAGUUUGAGAAGGCAAAGGUCAGGGUGAGGAACGUGGCCUACGACACACUUCCUGUUGUCAUCCAUGGUAACGGACCCACCAAGCUGCACCUGAACUAUUUGGGGAACUAUGUCCCGACGGCGUGGACGUACGAGGACGGCUGUGGUGUCUGUGACAACGACCUGCUCUUUUUUGAUGCUGUGGAUGAUCAGGACAUGCCGCUAGUCUAUGUGGCCGUGUUCAUCCAACACGCCACCCCCUUCAUGGAGGAGUUUCUGGAGCGGCUAACUACGCUCAACUAUCCUCCCUCUCGCCUACGACUCUUCAUCCACAACAAUGUGGUCUACCAUGAACGCCACAUCCACGAGUUUUGGAAGCAGCAUAGGGCACUCUUCCCUGAUGCUGUGCUGAUUGGACCUGAGGAGAACCUGCAAGAGGACAGGGCUCGGAACAUGGCUGUGGAGGCAUGUAAGAAGGAUCAAGAUUGCGAUUACUACUUCAGCAUCGACUCAUCUGUAGCCUUGACCAACCCUGACACACUGAGGAUUCUCAUUGAGGAGAACAAGUCUGUCAUUGCACCCAUGCUGUCCAAACAUGGAAAACUGUGGAGUAACUUUUGGGGCGCUCUGAGUGCAGAAGGCUACUAUUCCAGAUCUGAAGACUACAUUGAGAUUGUCCAAGGAAAGAGGACGGGUCUGUGGAAUGUUCCGUACAUGUCCCAGGCUUACCUGAUCAAAGGCAGCGUACUGAGGUCCAAACUGGCCCGGGUGAACCUGUAUUUGGACCCCAGCAUGGACCCAGACAUGGUGUUCUGUAGGAGGAUCAGGGAACAGGGGGUGUUUAUGUUUGUGUCCAACCGAGACGACUUUGGCCGUUUGGUAUCAUCUAACAACUUCAACACAUCCAGGCUGCAUCCUGACAUGUGGCAGAUCUUUGACAACCCUCUGGAUUGGAAGGAGAAGUACAUCCAUGAGAACUACUCCAAGAUCUUUGAGGACCAGAAGAGCUUUGUGGAACAGCCAUGUCCAGAUGUGUACUGGUUCCCGGCCUUCUCGGACAAGAUGUGUGACAACUUGGUGGAGACCAUGGAGGACCACGGCGAGUGGUCUGGCGGUUCCCACAAGGACGAGCGCCUGGCAGGCGGCUAUGAAAAUGUCCCCACUGUUGAUAUUCACAUGAACCAGAUUGGAUUUGAGAAGGAAUGGCUCAAAUUCCUCAAAGAGUACAUUGUGCCUGUCACAGAAAAACUCUAUCCUGGAUACUACCCUAAGGCUCAAGCCAUCAUGAAUUUCGUGGUGCGUUACCGUCCUGAUGAGCAACCAUCUUUGCGGCCACAUCACGAUUCGUCCACGUUCACCGUCAACAUCGCCCUCAACAGCAAGAAUGUGGACUAUGAGGGUGGAGGCUGCAGGUUCCUGCGUUACGACUGCCAAGUGGAGUCUCCCAGGAAGGGCUGGUCCUUUAUGCAUCCCGGACGCCUGACUCACUAUCACGAGGGCCUGCCUACCACCAGUGGCACCAGGUACAUCAUGGUGUCCUUCGUUGACCCCUAGUUGGCCCAGCUGUGGCUGCGUGUGCGUGAGACACCAUCACACGUCACGCACUAACUUGGCUGGUGACCUCAAAUGCAUCUCAGCAGAAACCUUCCCAGUUGAAUUUCAUUCAUGCUCACGAUUAGAUGCCUAGCCCUCCCGUGUGGUCACAUGUUUCUCACUCAAGCACAGGACAUGCCUGCCUUGCUGUCUCUGUAGCAACCAGCAAUGCUUGUCAUUCCGCUGGAAGGGAACAGAGCAACAAGCACCACGUAGUCCUUAAUCAUUUCAGCUGUGUGUUUGUCAGCAUUCACGCACCAUUUGGAGGGGAUCAGUGUAUCCACGGCUGGAAUUUUAAGCUGAGCUCUCUCACAAAAAAAACAUCACUUUGUAAAAAAAAAUCAGAUUCAAUAACUUACUACUACAUACGCAGUAGGGAUGUCCCGACACGAUUUUCAGGAUUGAGAUCGGCUACCGAUCUGCUCUAUUUUGAAGAUCGGAUAAAAUUGGUUUCCUCCACAAGAUCGGGCCGAUCCGGUUGCCGUAUAAUGUUCGUAACUCUGGGCCACACUCCAACAUGGUAGGUGUGGUAAUGCGCCUUAAAGCUAGUUGCCACUCAACUCCCGCCACCCGCAAAAAAUAAAACGCAACACCACCAUGCAGAUAUGUCCAUGGUGUGCCUUGGUGAAGUUAGUUUCACUUUGGAAAUUGGGCUCUGUAGCUACAGCGGUAGUUCCCCCUCACUGUGCCCGGUCUGCUGUGUCACGGUGCGGUGAGCCCGCACGGGAACCUCCGCUCUAACCGCUGGUUGUUUAUACUAGGGACCGUCAAUAAAUUACAAUUACGUUGAAGAGGUUUAAAAAAAUUAUAACCAUGUCAAAUUAUUAGUCCCACCCUAAAAGUAUUUUGCACGCCCAUUUUUUCCAAUUUUAUCUUGUGUUGGAUGGACUUUUAUUGGAUUAGGGACCUAACUCAGAGGUUUGUUACAAAAGCCGAACAAUAUUGUUGGUCUUGCUGUGUAAUAAAAAAAAAAGCAAAUUCCGCAAUACUUUGGUUGCAUUAUUUUUAAUGCUCUGAAGAGCUAUUUUUAUAACCAUAUUCAAUUCCACAAAUUUGUAACAAAAGCAUCUUAAAAAAACAAACAAACAAACAAAAAAAAGAUCUGCAUCAGAUCGGAAGCCAAAAAAAUGUGGAUCGGGACAUCCAUAAUAAGCAGUAGAAAGUGACAGUCCUGAAACUUUUUUUUUUUUUUUUUUUUUAAUGCAAACACAGUACCGUAUAGCUACUACUCAGUGUUGUGGCCUUUUUUUUACGUGGAAAUGACUGAUGACUGUAUGGAAGAAGAUGAAUGAAUUGUUUUUAUGGGAGCUCAGGGAGGCUUUGAGGGUGGUCGGCUCCCACCUAAGUUGAACUUUUUAAAAAUCUUUUUUAUUGAAUCAUGUUGUCACCAUGGUGCCGGGGGCUUUUCAAUGGAUUAUUUAUAUUUUAGAAUACAGAUGAGCCACAUUUUGUAUGACCUGUUUUAAAUUAUUUAAAGUGAGUGAAUAAACUUUUUAAA